GGAUGGGUAAGCCAGGAACAGCAAGCAGCUCUUCAAAACCCGCCACUGAAAAGAAGAAGUCCAAGAAGAGGGACAGAGUAGAGGAAGAGGAGGAGGUUUAUGUUGUGGAGAAGAUUCUGGAUAAGAGGGUUUUAGAAGACGGAACAGUGCUCUACUAUCUCAAAUGGAGGAAUUACCCUGAGUCAGACAACACCUGGGAGCCAGUAACCAAUUUAGAUUGUGAUGAGCUGAUAUCUGAGUUUGAGAAGGUACACAGCAGUAAAGGAGCAUCAGCUGCCAGCUCACCUCCCAAAAAGAAGAGAACACACAAAAAACAGAACAAUGGUUACGAUGCUUCCAACGAACCCAUUGGUUUUGAGCGAGGGUACGAAGCCGAGGAGAUCAUUGGAGCCACUGAUCUUGACAGUCAAAUAAUGUUCAACAUUAAGUGGAAAGGAGCAGACAUUCUCGACUGGGUUCCAGCUAAGGAAGCUAACGUAAAGUGCCCUCAAGUGGUUAUCAAGUACUACGAGAGUUGUUUGACCUGGAAGACAGAAGAGGACGGAGAAAGCGGGGAUAGCUGAACUGGGAGAUGCUCGACAUGCCGUAACAAAACAGACUAAUUAAUUUAAUAACUAUCUAAUUUACAAUUUUAUUAGAAUUUCGUCAAUCAAUUCGGUGAUUGUCGAGGACUGUUCAUCAACACAGACUGUAUUGUUAUUUGGUGCGGAUGAUUUUUCGUUCGUUGGAUCUUUUUAAAAUCUAAAUCCUUUUUAACAUAACGUGUUAUUCUCUCUUUGAACUUGACUGCAACUGAUAGGAAGGUGGACCUUAUUUUUGAUCCAAGAAAACAUUCUUCGCCUCCCCGCCAGUAUUCAAGCAUAUUCUUCCACAUCAUUAGAAGUGGAAUGUUUUUGUUUAAUCAGACUAUUUAGUUUUCAACGAAACCACCAUAUAUAUAUAUGGAUAAUUUCUUUAUAUUUGAAAGCAUAAACCUAAAAUUUAAAUCAGCGUGUAUUUAGAAUUUAGUAUUCAUCGUGUGAUAUAUAUUUUAAGGAUUUCAAACUGAUGUUCUGACUCUUGAAUAGUUUGGUGAGAUACAGCAGAUAUUGCUUUUGUGAGAUCUUGUUAUUUGCCCAGAAGUUUUGGUUGCCAGCAAUACCCUUAAACUUCCGCUAAUUUGUCUUCGCAUCAAUUAAUGUGUAAAUAACGUUAAUUCUUAUCCUAUUCGAUACACUUUUCAAAUAA